AUGUCUUGGUGGGACAAAUACCUCGCGCCCGGUGACCUGCGUCAACAGCGCCAGGCACUGUCGUCGCCCUCGCAGCCGGGAACAGCGAACGAAGAUGAGCAGCCUCGACUCGUGGUCCUGAAACCUCCGCGCCUCAGCCAAGCGGAUCGAGUAAGGCGACAAAAUGGCCUUCUCUUCGGCGGUCUCGCCUUCACCCUCCUCUCGAUGAUCGUCACGCGGCGCGCGGUCGGACGCAAACUCGCGCAGACAGCCUUGUCCGCGGAAGGCGGUGCGGCGGCGGCGGAGUCGAAGGUUGAUGGUUCGCUGGAAGCGGUGCAAGCGCUUGGGUAUGCCACCUUGAAUGUCUUCAGUGUGGCGAUGCUGGGCAUUGGCGGGGCUAUGAAGUACUUUGACAUUGCGGAUGUGGAGGACAUGCGGGAGGUGGUUCGGCGGCAGGAGGGGUAUAGCGAGGACUCGGAGGCGAAUCGCGAGAUUGAGGGGUGGAUUGCGGAAGUGUUGGCGCGGAAAGAUGGGCAGGGGAAUCUGCGGGAGAGCGUGGUGGAGAAGGUGGCGGAGAUUGAGAGGAAACGGAAGGAAGACGAGAAGAGAGGGAGAUGA